CUUCGCCGAAUUUCGAUAACCGGAGAAGAUGAUCUGAGAAGAGAAAGAGACUAGCGAGAAAGAGGAAAGUGAUGCAAACGCGUGUACGAUUAGAGAGUGAAGAAAUGUUUUCUUGAUGGUGGGGAUGAAAUGACCGCCUGACUUAUAUAUUUGCAAGUUGUCUAAGUGGGUGAUUAGUUUGGAUAUUGUAUCCGUGAACGUCGUAUCAUUAUCAGACAGCGCAGUGGACCGACGUUUUAUUAAAGACCUCAACUCCCAUAGCAUCAUGUUCGCCAUCGUUCUUCUGCUCUCCAUGUGCGCCCAAUUGGGCUUCUCAGCUCCCAACCGCUGCGUCAUGUUCUGCGACGAAGACCAGCUAUCCGCUGGCUACGCUCAGCAGCCAAUUCGACAGCAGCCCGUUCAAUCGUCCUAUAACUUCUUCAGACCGAACUAUCAGAGAACCUACCCGGGAUCAGUCGGCCUAGCUCCUGUCCCUGCUAGUGGAAGACUCCAGAAUUUCAAUGUCCAGCCCACUUACGGACGCACCUACCAGGCCCAGCCGGCUCAUACCGAACUCCUCGAACCUCAAGGCCAGGUUUCCGCCGGAUUUCCCAGCAACGUCGAAGGUGUGAUUUACCACAGCUCCAGCGAUAGUCACAACUCUCAGACUCACGGAAUCCUCAGGUUCCCCGGUGUACAGACUAGCAAAGUUAUCCAGUACGAACCCGUCAGAAGACAGCCUUGUAACGAGUACCUUGAUCCGUGCGCUAUUUAAGUUGGAGCUUUGCUUAUAAUUAUCUAAUAAACGAAUAAUAAAGAUUCUAUGCUGUGUCUUGGA